AUGUUCCGGAACCAAUACGACUCGGAUGUGACCGUUUGGUCCCCGCAGGGCCGUCUCCAUCAGGUGGACUACGCCGUGGAAGCGAUGAAGCAGGGUAGCGCCACCGUGGCCAUCAAGAGCAAGACGCAUGCCGUCGUGGUUGCAUUGAAACGUGCCACCUCCGACUUGUGCUCGCAUCAGAAGAAAAUCUUCGAGCUCGACACGCACACGGGUGCUUCCAUUGCGGGCCUCCUCUCGGAUGGCCGCAUCCUGACCCGUUUCCUUCAAACCGAGUGCUCGAGCUGGCGUUGGGAUUACAAGUCUGCCGUACCGCUAACCGUGCUUGCUGACCGUCUCCAGCUGAAGCUGCAGGCGAACACGCAAUACUACGGGCGGCGCCCAUUCGGCGUCGGGCUGCUCAUCGUCGGUUUCGACAAGGACGGCCCGCAUAUUGUCAAGGCAGAGCCCUCGGCUGAGGUGGUGUCCUGCUACGCUGCGUCAAUCGGAUCUCGAAGCCAGUCGGCCCGCACAUAUUUGCAGAAAAAGCUGGAAGACUUUGAGGGAGCCAGUCUGGAUAAGCUGAUCGAGCACGCGCUGGUCGCCGUCCGCGACACCCUGCCCGCCGAGGAAGACUUGUCGAUCAAAAAUACGUCUAUCGCAUUCGUCGGAAAGGGAACUGCAUUCGAGGUCAUUGAAGGCGAUCGUGUCCGCCCGCAUCUCGACCGAAUCAAGGACGCGCCCCGUGCCGUUGCUCCCGGAGCCGCCGCCCACGCUGCUGCUCAGGCGGCCGGACAGCAGCCGCCGCCUCCCCCUCCGGCUGGCGGACCUGACGCGAUGCAACUC